AAUAAUAUGCUGCUAAUUGAAGUCUAGAAAACAAUGAGCAGAGAAAGCCAAAACCAUGUCUGCUUCUUGUGACCACCCAGCGUUCGUUCCGACAUGGCCAGCUUCGGAGCUUUCGAGCUGUUUAUAAAUAGGGCACCAAGCCACAAACACAUUCUCCAUCCCGCCAUCUCUGACCUGCCUUCGUCUUCUUCCUCCUGAUCGAUCACCUCUGCUCCCCCAAGAAGCUUUCGUUCCUCUGAUCUGUUGGUCAUGGCUGCCUACUGUGGCAAGUACAAAGAUGAGCUGAUCAGGAACGCGGCCUACAUCGGCACGCCGGGGAAGGGCAUCCUCGCCGCCGACGAGUCGACGGGCACGAUCGGGAAGCGGCUGGCGAGCAUCGGCGUCGAGAACGUCGAGGAGAACCGCCGCGCGCUCCGGGAGCUUCUGUUCACUGCUCCCGGCGCCCUGGAGUGCCUCAGCGGCGUCAUCCUGUUCGAGGAGACGCUGUACCAGAGCACCCGCGACGGGAGGCCGUUCGUCGACGUGCUCGCCGCCGCCGGCGUGCUGGCUGGCAUCAAGGUCGACAAGGGCACCGUCGUGCUCGCCGGCACGGACGGCGAGACGACCACCCAGGGGCACGACGGCCUCGCCGAGCGGUGCAGGAGGUACUACGCUGCCGGCGCGCGGUUCGCCAAGUGGCGCGCCGUGCUCAGCAUCGGCGCGUCGAGGCCGUCGCAGCUCGCCGUCGACGCCAACGCGCAGGGCCUCGCCCGGUACGCCAUCAUCUGCCAGGAGAAUGGGCUGGUGCCCAUCGUCGAGCCGGAGAUCCUCGUCGACGGCGAGCACGGCAUCGAGCGGUGCGCCGAGGUGACGGAGCUCGUCCUCGCCGCGUGCUACAAGGCGCUGAGCGACCACCACGUCCUCCUCGAGGGCACCCUCCUCAAGCCCAACAUGGUGACGCCGGGCUCCGACGCCAAGAAGGCCUCGCCGGAGGCGGUCGCGGAGCACACCGUCCGCGCGCUCCUCCGGACCGUGCCGCCGGCUGUCCCGGCCAUCGUGUUCCUCUCCGGCGGGCAGAGUGAGGAGGAGGCGACGCGGAACCUGAACGCCAUGAACCAGGCGGCGGCCAAGGACAAGAAGCCGUGGUCGCUGACCUUCUCCUUCGGGCGCGCGCUGCAGCAGAGCACGCUCAAGGCGUGGGCCGGCAAGGAGGAGAACGUCGGCAAGGCGCAGGCGGCGCUGCUCGCCCGCUGCACGGCCAACUCCCAGGCGACGCUCGGCGCGUACGCCGGCAACGCGGCCGGCGGCGAGGGCGUCUCCGAGAGCCUCCACGUCAAGGACUACAAGUACUGAGUGGAUUCGCUGAUGACGAAUUGAUGUUUUUGUUGUAAUGUCGGAAUAGUAGUGUACAAAUAAGCUGCGAUCCCUUUGUGCUGUCGUAUGGUGGCGAACUUUGUUUUUAAUUUGGCAUUGUUUAGCGACUGCUUGUUUUUGGUUUUAAAUUUUGAAUUUUGAAAUGAAUUCUAGGUGAUUUUAUCUAUUGUUUAACCGU